CAGAAGACAUGAUCAGACAAACGAAACCACUGGUCAACAUGCGUCUCCUGUCAGUGUUUUAUAUCUUCUUGGGUCUUUACUGCUGUCAUUCAGCUACAGUAUUCGUGGGAAAGGACGAGGCUCAUGGGGUUUUGUUCCGGACCAAACGGGCAAACUCUGGCUGGUUUGAAGAGCUGAAGAUGGGUAAUUUGGAGAGGGAGUGUCUGGAGGAGAAGUGUUCAUAUGAGGAGGCGCGGGAGGUGUUUGAACACACAGAGGCUACAAAUGAGUUCUGGAAGAUCUACAAUGUUAAAGAUCACUGCGAAUCAAAUCCAUGUGAGAAUAAUGGGCUCUGCACAACCCAGAACGCAGAAUCCUACAUGUGUCUGUGUGUGCCGGGCUUCAGCGGACGCAACUGUGAGCAGGCGAUUAAAGACAUUCCUGACUCCUGCCUGCAUGAUAACGGGCAGUGUGAGCACUUCUGCAUGGAGGAGGAUGGUCAGCGUAACUGUUCCUGUGCUGAUGGAUAUGUCUUAGGGUCAAAUGGUCAGAACUGCCUGACACUUGAGGCUUUUCCAUGUGGGAAGGUUCCUCUUCUUCAGGGUGGAGGUGCUGCUACGAACCCUCAGGUCGAUGUGAGAUCUCGUAUCGUUGGUGGAGCCGAAUGUCCUAAAGGACACUGUCCCUGGCAGGUGUUGUUGAAGUAUGGUCAGAAGGGUUUCUGUGGCGGUGUGAUCUACAAACCCACCUGGAUCCUCACAGCUGCACACUGUUUAGAAAAACUCAAUGUCAAGUUUCUCAAGAUAGUCGCAGGUGAGCAUGACAUCGAGGUGGAUGAAGGCACAGAGCAGGUCAUCCAGGUGGAACAGAUGCUCAUGCACCCCGGCUACGUCUCUGAGACCUCAGACAAUGACAUCGCCCUACUGUAUCUCCGCAAGCCCAUCGUCUAUAGUGCCUACGCUGUUCCUGUUUGUCUGCCGCUGCGAGACAUGGCUGAGCGCGAGCUGUGGGCCGUUAGCAAGCACACAGUGAGUGGUUGGGGCAAACGCAGCGAGGACGGGCCCACAUCACGCUUACUGCGCCGGUUGCAGGUGCCCCGCAUCCGCACACAGGAGUGCAUCGAGAGCAGCAACGUGACGCUCACCAACAACAUGUUCUGUGCCGGUUACAUCGAGGGUAAGCAGGACUCAUGUAAAGGGGACAGCGGUGGGCCGCUGGUGACCCGCUACAGGGACACCACCUUCCUGCUGGGUAUCGUGAGCUGGGGGAAAGGCUGCGCCCGCCCGGGAUCCUAUGGCAUCUACACGCGUGUCUCCAACUACCUGCAAUGGAUCCAUGAACUAACGGCCAAUUCUACAGCUGCAACACAAUGAAGUGUUAAAGCACAUCGAAUCCUCUAUUUAUGUCUGAUCAUGUCUGAUUUUCUUCUGUAUGAUUGAUAUUUUUAUCCAUCAUUACCUCAUUAACAAAUAAAUAAUUCAGUAGUAUGUAAAUGAUCUAUGCU